CAGCCGCCAAAGAUGACUCUGUCUUGGUCUUGUGUAAAAUAAAGCACCCGAGUAGUCAAUCUUUCCUUCUAGCGAACUACCGGUCAACAUGACAUGCUUUCUAGGACAUCAAACAUAAACACAACAACAUGUUCUCCAAUUCCAAUUCAUUACCAAACCCAUAAAACACACACACACACACACACACAGAGACAACUUCACUUCCAUUUUCCCCUCACUAAACAUGGAAAAUUCAAGUCAAGAAUCACAUCUCCGAUCUGAAAACUCAGUCACAUAUGACUCCUCUUACCCUAUCUACGCUAUGGCUUUUUCCUCUUUUACCCCUUCACUCCCUAGCCGCCAUCAUCGCAUUGCUGUCGGUAGCUUUAAGGAAGAAUUCAACAACCGUGUCGAUAUUCUUUCUUUUAAUGAAGAUACCUUAACCCUUAAACCUGUUCCUAAUCUCUCUUUUGAUCACCCUUAUCCACCUACUAAACUCAUGUUUCAUCCUAAUCCAACUGCUUCCCUUAAGUCUAACGACAUUCUUGCUUCUUCAGGUGAUUACUUACGUCUUUGGGAAGUUCGGGAAAGUUCUAUUGAACCCCUUUUUACUCUUAAUAAUAGUAAAACUAGUGAAUACUGUGCCCCUUUAACGUCUUUUGAUUGGAAUGAAGUUGAGCCUAGAAGAAUUGGUACUUCCAGUAUUGAUACUACUUGUACAAUUUGGGAUGUUGAAAAAGGGGUUGUUGAAACUCAAUUGAUUGCUCAUGAUAAAGAGGUUUAUGAUAUAGCUUGGGGUGAAGCUGGGGUUUUUGCUUCUGUUUCUGCUGAUGGAUCGGUUAGGAUUUUCGAUUUGAGAGAUAAAGAACAUUCGACGAUUAUUUAUGAGUCCCCACAACCUGAUACUCCGUUGUUGAGGUUAGCUUGGAAUAAGCAGGAUUUGAGAUAUAUGGCUACUAUAUUGAUGGAUAGCAACAAGAUUGUUAUUUUAGAUAUUAGGUCACCAGCAAUGCCUGUGGCGGAGUUGGAAAGGCAUCAGGCGAGUGUGAAUGCGAUCGCGUGGGCUCCACAGAGUUGUAGACAUAUUAGUUCUGCUGGGGAUGACGGGCAGGCGCUUAUUUGGGAGUUGCCUACUGUUGCAGGGCCUAAUGGGAUUGAUCCUAUGUCGAUGUAUUCUGCUGGGGCUGAGAUUAAUCAACUUCAGUGGUCUGCUGCGACACGUGAUUGGAUUGCCAUUGCGUUUUCUAACAAGUUGCAGAUGCUUAAAGUAUAAGGUUAUUGGAUAGUUGAAUUUUUCGUGUAUGAUAACUGUUGAUGUUACUAGUAAUGAUUGUUGUUUCGUGGAGGAAAGGGGUUAAAGCUUGGAUGUUAAUGUGCAACUUUUUUGGACUGCUUUAAGGUGUUAUAUAUUUAGAUAGUUUCAACUUAUUGUGUGUGGCAAAAGAACAAAAAAGGAAAAUCUGAUUCAGUAAUUGUGAGAUCCUGCUGAUUCUUGCUUGUGGUAGAUAAUAUAUUAAUGUGUUAUUGAAUGUAGGAUGCCUGUUUAUGUGGUUUUA